UUGUAACUUGUAAUCAGCAUCAGUGGUCUUUCUUUUGAAACCUCCCACCCUCACCUAACAGUGGUGGGCGGGGUUGAUCGUGUCAUAACGACGAUUCUGCAUCUCUAUUGGCUCGUGUCAUCUCCGACGUCACGAUCAUGAUUAGAAUUGAUGAUCGGACGUUUUGAUUUCAUUGUCUAGCCAGGGGAUUCGUAAAGAAAUCUGCUGAAUUCGAGGGGGCUGUUGAUUUCUCUACAAAAGAUCUGAGGGGUCCAGACCUGGAGAGUGCAGGAGUGUGUUUGUUUAUAUCAUCUUCCCAAAUACAGCUUCCUUUGCUCACUGAGAAGUCUCGUAAGAGCAGUUAAUAGUGUUGCAAUGGCUGAAAGUUGGUGUGAAUAGAUGUGCACACAACAGUGUGUCUCUGCUAUAUGUUGAGAUUAAUUAUAGCUCAACCGGAUUCCUGGGGUCUCUCUGCACAUCCACCAGAGGGAUGGAAAAAUGGCUGGAAAAGAGGAGCAUUCACACUAUGAACUUGCGGUCUGUAUUUACUGCCGAGCAACAGCGGAUCCUGGAACGCUACUAUGAAAACGGCAUGACCAAUCAAAGCAAGAGCUGCUUCCAGCUCAUCCUGCAGUGUGCUCAAGAGACCAAACUUGACUUCAGCGUGGUUAGAACAUGGGUAGGAAACAAGCGACGGAAGCUGGCAUCAAAGGCAGACCAGAACAGUGCUGCUGCUCAAGUUCUGUCCCAUCAGCACGUUCCUUGUGGAGCUGCUGGGUCACUUGUGGCCGGAUCGGUGUUAACAGCUGAGAUGGCGGCCAUGCGGAGUAUUCAGCGCGGCCCAUCUGUGACCCACCUCCUCCCUCCACAGGCCUCAUCGUCCUCAUCGUCCUCUUCUCCAUCAUCUUCCUCCCCACUCAGUGGUCACAGUGAUGUGAUUUUGACAGGCAUUUAUGCCAACUGCUUCGAUGCUUCUGCUCACAAUAGGACAGGGACGAAAUCAUUGCCCUUCCACACAGAAAUGGAGCUGCCCGCUCACGAUCGUACGGACGUGACUGCACAUCGCACAGCCAUUGCAGCCAGCAUACAGCGGAAAGUCCCCAUCAUCGCCAGCUCUAGCACACUUAAACCCUUAAGCUCUAGAGACUCUGCGGUAAUCGCUUCCAGUUGGGCCAAGCAGUGCAAGACGGCCCAGCAUCCAUCAUGGCCUCAUACCUCGCCCCAGAAAACGCCGAUGACACAUUGCGGUCCUGUAGGUGGUAGUGCUCAUAUUCAGCAUGUUUUCACCCUGGCCGGAUUAGGGGAGCUGUCACAGAGGCCUAUCCCAGGAAGCACUCAAGACACGGUGGUGAGAAAAACAAGGCCAGUUGACGCAUCAGAGAUCUUCUCGAUUGCGAUGGAAACGGCUGACGCUGAUGAAGAGUACUCCAGAGAAGAAGAGCUAGCAAACAUGGCGGUUCAGAUGCACUGCAGUAAAGCCUCUGUGGAUGGUGGGCGGAGCUCCAGCGCAGGUUCCUCUUCCUUGAUUGACAGUCCGGGACUAACAGAGAGGAGCCAUGCAAACUCUGCUCUCUUUGGAGAGAAGGGAUGUCAAACCAGCAGCUCCUUACUGAUCAGAACAUCAUCCCCUAGCACCUUCCCAUUAAAACUGCAGACAUCUUCCAGAAUCCCCUGUCUCAAGGUAAUGAGUAACAUGUCUGCUCCCUGGCUUCAUAGUAACUCCCGGAAAAGAACGCUGCAGGACAGGACGCAGUUUAGCGACAGAGAUUUGUACACACUGAAGCGCUACUGGGAUAACGGCAUGACCAGCCUGGGAUCUCUGUGCAAAGAGAAGAUUUCAGCUGCAGCUGAUGAACUCAGCGUGGACACUGAAAUUAUCAAGACGUGGAUUGGUAACCGCAGAAGGAAGUACCGUUUGAUGGGCAUUGAUAUUCCACCACCUAAAGGUGGGCCGGUCAUGUUCCCAAAUUCAACUGCACCUCAUUCACCUCACAUCCUUGAAGACGACUGUCAGACUCUGGAACUAGGAGAGGCCGGCGAACACAACGAUGCUGUGUCACUCUGUUUGUCUGAUGAUGGAGCCAGUGAUUUUUAUCUGAAAGAAAAUGAUGAUGUGAAUGAUGAAUCAGAUAGUUCCACCCCUGCAAAACAUGUGAAGAUUGAAAUCAUCGAAGAAGAGGAUGAUGAUGAUGACGGUGACAUGUUGACCACAGAGAUGGAACAGAUGCAAAACCUCUUAGAGUUCAAGAAUGAAGAAGUGCAGUUCCUUGAGAAUGAGCUGCAGAACCAGAAACUGAAGUUCUCAAAGCUGAAGAGCUUCACCAAAAGCCUGCUGAUCGCUGUGAAAAACAAAGACAGAAAGAAACAGCAGGAGCUGUUAGCCAGUCUACCUCAGAAAGUGAAUGAGGACUGGGACCUGGGCCUGGAAAACCACAGCAAGUCUGGCGUAGAGAGGCCCACCAUCCAAAAAGAGUCCUCUGUAUCAGAGGAGGAGGGGGACACAGAUCAAAUGAGACUAUAAAUGCAGGGCAGCUUCCACCUCUUCUGUUACUCACAUGUGCCACAUAGUGCCUGUGGAAAUAAACCAAUAACUGUUGGACCCCACAAGUCAUUUUCUAUAGCAUAUCAGACUGCCUUGGCCAGGUCCAGUACUAUCAAAUAAAUGCCACUAAGUCAACACAA